AUGGAAAGGAAAGGCUGUCCAUUCUGUACAAAUUAUAGGAAAAAACUUGGGGAAGAAAAAGGGGGACUGGAAACGACACUACAUAUUACCUUUAUUUUUAGUACUUGGACAAUUCCUUUUUGGCUUAUCUUCUUUCCAUAUUUAUUUAUUUGUUGGUUGGUGCAGUUAAUUACAAAUAUUUCCAAUUUGCAUUUGAGUCUUAAUUAUGUAUUUUUUAAUUUUUUUAAAAAUUUUUAA